UACCAAAAUAUUCCCAAAAGAAAACAAAAAGAAAGCAGCAACAGAAAUAGAUAUCAGGUGGGAAGUAGAAGAGUGAAAAAGGUGGAUCGGAGGCAUGGCAAGCGGCCACUUCCUUCAGAAGCAUCGGAGGAGAAAGCGAGACAGAGAGAGACUCAUCAGCAGCAUGAGUUAUUUCCUGCUUCAGCUGCAGCAGCAGUAGCUUAUGAAUCAUCAUGGCCUGAAACUGAAUUAUCAGCCAUGGUUUCUGCUCUCUCUCAAGUUAUUGGAACCGGCGAAGAUAACAAUAAUAAUAAUAAUCCACCAUCCCGGCCAGCUUUGAAUUUGGUGCAAUCCAAUCCUUCCUCGGCUCCAGUCAAACAAGAACCACCCGAUCCUUCUCUACCCGUACAAGGUCAAGAGAAUGCAAGGAGACGACAUUAUAGAGGAGUAAGACAAAGACCAUGGGGAAAAUGGGCAGCCGAAAUUCGUGACCCGAAAAAAGCAGCUAGAGUUUGGCUUGGCACAUUCGAUACAGCUGAGGAUGCUGCCAUUGCAUACGAUAAAGCAGCUCUUCGAUUCAAAGGCACCAAAGCGAAGCUUAAUUUUCCCGAAAGAGUUCAAGGCAAGACUGAGUUCAGCUAUCUCACUCCUAGUUCAGCUGAUAAAACUACUACUACUGCUACUACUACUCUUCCUCAUCAUCAUCAUCAUCAACAAAAUCAUCCUGGACCAGUUACUACUACUCCCCCUCAUUCUCAUCCUCAUCCUUAUCCUCAUCCAGCUUCCUUCUCACCUGAAGUUUUCCCAGACCUUUAUCAAUAUGCACAGCUUCUCACCAGUAGUAGUGAUUCUAGUUUCCCACCAAAUUUAAAUUACUACUCUCCCUCUACUCUAUUCACUCAACAACAAGCUUUUUCUUCUCAGUUUUCAACAACAACAUCAUCUUCCACAUCUUCCUCUUCAUCCUCGCAUCAACGAUGGCAAAAACAGGAAGAUGAUCACUUUCACAGCGGCUCCAGGAAUCAUCCAGCAGAUGAUGAUGAUGAUGAUCGCGAUCAUCAUCAUCACUAGUACGUACGUACUUAGUAUAUUUUUAUCGAUCAUAACUUUUCUUCUGUAUUCAUCACGAGGAAAAGUGAAGAAGGAAUUCCAUCAUGUUAUUUAUUAUGCGGCCAUAUUCACCUUUGCUAUGCAUCUUCAUUUUUAACUACCGUUUUCAGUACCAAUUAGUAAUCCAUCAAGAUGAACUUCAUUUUAUAUAUAAACUAAGACUUUCUAGUUUUAUUUUAUUUUUUUAUAAAGCCCUUUUGAAGUUUGGUUGGUCUA